AAAAUGUCGACAGAGCAACCAAAAGAGUUAACAAAAUCUGCUAGUGCGUUAAAAAAAGCUCAAAAGGCUGCAGAAUUUGAAGCAAAGAAGGCUGCAAAAGCACAACAACAGCAAUUAUGGCAACAGCAAGCCGCACAAAAGAAGGAGCGUGUAAAACCAGCAAAAGAAGCUCCCGUAGAAGAAGCUUUCGUUAAUAUGACACCAAAAGGUGAUAAAAAGGACACAACAAAGCCAAUGGCCAGUGGUUACAAUCCAGUCGCUGUAGAAUCCGCUUGGUAUGACUGGUGGGAGAAGAAGGGCUUCUUCAAGCCAUCUUUGGACGCAGACGGUAAACCAAUCGGCGAAGUCUUUGUCGUACCAGCACCACCACCAAAUGUCACCGGUAGUUUGCACAUUGGACAUGCUUUAACUAUUUCUAUACAAGACACUCUCGUUAGAUGGAAUAGAAUGCAGGGUAAGACAGUCUUGUGGAACCCUGGAUAUGAUCACGCAGGUAUUUCAACUCAAUCUGUCGUUGAAAAACGUCUCUGGAAGUCCUCAGGUCAAACUAGACAUGACCUCGGUAGAGAAAAGUUCUUAGGUAAAGUUUGGGAUUGGAAGGAAGAAUAUCAAAUGCGUAUUUCCAACCAAUUGAGAAGACUUGGUGCGUCAUACGAUUGGGACAGAGUUAGAUUCACUAUGGACGAAAAGCUUUCAAAGGCUGUUAUUGAAGCUUUCUGUCAAUUACGUGAAAGAGGUAUCAUCUACCGUUCAAAUAGAUUAGUCAACUGGUGUGUUAGAAUGAACACUGCACUUUCAAACCUUGAGCUCGACAGCAAAGAAAUUUCAGGUAGAACGCUUCUCAAUGUACCAGGAUAUGACGAGAAAGAGAAGUUUGAAUUUGGUGUUCUCACUUCAUUCUCCUACCAAGUCAAAGGUUCUGAUGAGAAGAUUAUCGUCGCAACCACUCGUCCAGAAACUAUGCUUGGUGAUUCAGCCGUAGCAGUCCACUCUUCAGACUCACGUUAUAAGCACUUACAUGGAAAGACAUUGGUACACCCAUUCGUUGAUAGAGAAAUUCCAAUCAUUGUUGAUGAUAUAUGCGUUGACCCUGCUUUCGGUACUGGUGCUGUUAAGAUUACACCUGCUCAUGAUUUCAACGAUUACGAAGUUGGUAAACGUCACAACUUACCUUUCAUCAACAUCCUUAAUGACGAUGGUACAUUCAAUGCCAAUGCUGGUGAUGAAUUCAAGGGUGUUAAAAGAUUCCAUGCUCGUAGAACUAUCGUUGAAAAGUUGAAGGAAAUUGGUAGCUACGUUGAUACAAAGGACAACUCGAUGGUUAUUCCAAUUUGUGCUAAAUCAGGUGAUGUUAUUGAACCAAUCAUGAAACCACAAUGGUAUGUCAACUGUCAAGAUAUGUCAAGAGAAGCUAUUGAGAGAACUAGAGCUGGUGAAAUGACUAUCCAACCAAAACACUCUGAAGGUGAUUGGUACAGAUGGUUAGAAAACCAACAAGAUUGGUGUAUCUCUAGACAACUCUGGUGGGGUCACAGAUGUCCUGCUUACUUUGUCAACAUUGAAGGUCAAGAACAAGAAUCAUCAGAUGACAAAAACUGGGUUGUUGGUCGUACACUUGAGGAAGCAAGGGAACGCGCUGAAAAGAUUGCAAAUGGUAAACCAUACACACUUGAACAAGAUGAAGACGUUUUAGAUACAUGGUUCAGUUCUGGUUUAUGGCCAUUCUCAAUUAUGGGUUGGCCAGAUGAGACACAGGAUAUGGAGAACUUCUAUCCAAACUCAUUGUUAGAAACUGGUUGGGAUAUUCUUUUCUUCUGGGUUGCUAGAAUGGUUUUCUUUGGUAUCACAUUGACAGGCCAAAUGCCAUUUAAGGAGGUAUUCACUCACGCUAUGAUUAGAGAUGCUCAUGGACGUAAAAUGUCAAAAUCAUUAGGAAAUGUUAUUGACCCAAUUGACGUUAUUGAAGGUUGUGAAUUAGAUGCACUUCACCAACAACUUUACGACAGCAAUCUCGAUCCAAGGGAAGUAAAGAAAGCACUUGAUGGCCAAAAGAAAGAUUUCCCUAAGGGUAUUCCACAAUGUGGUACAGAUGCUCUCAGAUUCACACUUUGUGCAUACACAGCAUCAAACCGUGAUAUUAACCUUGAGAUUUCAAAGGUAGAAAGCAAUAGAAAAUUCUGCAACAAGUUAUUCAACGCAACUAAAUUCGCUAUGCUUAAAUUCCCAGAAGGUUGGACCCCAGCUGCUAGUGCCAAACCAACAGGUGAUGAGAGCUUAGUUGAACGUUGGAUUCUCUCCAAGUUAAACUACUGUGCUAAGCAACUCGAUCAAGACCUCACCAACCGUAACUUCAUGAGCGCUACACAAGUUAUUUACAACUACUGGUUGUACGAAUUAUGUGAUGUCUUCAUUGAAGCAUCUAAGCCAUUGACUGCAGAAGAUGCAGAUGAGAAAUCUCGUAGAUCAGCUCAAAACACACUCUACACUGCUCUUGAUGCUGGUUUGAAGAUGAUGCACGUAUUCAUGCCAUACGUAACUGAAGAAUUAUGGCAACAUCUUCCACGCAGACCAAAUGACAACGCAGAAUCUAUCUCACUUACUGAGUUCCCUAAGGCUGACCCUGCAUUUGAAUUUACACAAGAAGCCAAGGACUUUGAAACAGCAUACGGUGCAAUUAAGGCAACAAGAUCACUUGCAACAGCUUACAACGUUCAAGGCAACAACAUUCAAGCCUACAUUGAAACUACUGAAGAGAAAGCGCCGAUUUUCAAAUCUCAAUUAGCAGUUCUCAAGACUUUGAUUAAGGGUUGCAAGGUAUUAGAAGUCGUAACAACCUCAUCUGAAAUUCCAGUUGGAUGUGCGGUUCAAUCAAUUAACGUUGACGCAAAUCUUCAUGUUUUAGUUAGAGGUCUUGUAGAUAUUGACGCAGAACUCACUAAACUCGAAAAGAAGGAGAAGGCAGCAAAGAUGACACUCGAAAAGACGAUAAAAGCAACUCAAAUUGAUGGAUACGCUGAAAAGGUUUCUGUACAAGUUCAACAAAAUAACCAAGAGAAGAUACAAAAUUACGAAAAGGAAAUUGAAGCUCUGACAUCAGCUAUGAAGACUUUUGCUUCACUUAAGUGAAGUAUGUUUAUUUAAAAUUUUUUUAUUUUCGAUAUA